AUGAGGUGGGUUGGAUUAAUUGGAAUGGUUGGAACCAAUAGGACGGCAACUAAAGCAUUUAAAAUCAACUUUUCAUCCACCAACCGUCACACAACACAAGCUGAGAGAAAAAGAGAAAGAAAGAGUGAGUUGGUGAUGUGUCCUUCUGGGUUUUCAUCAUCUUCUACAGCAGAAGAAGUUACUCAUGGAAUCCAUGGCACUGGUCUCACUGCAAUUGUCACAGGAACAACCCAUGGUAUUGGCAUUGAGACAGCAAGAGUUCUUGCUUUGCGUGGUGUCCAUGUGAUUAUGGCAGUGAGAAAUGUGACUGCUGCAAAAGCUGUCAAAGAAGCAAUAGUCAAAGAGAUUCCCACAGCCAAAGUUGAUGUCAUGGAGUUAGAUCUUAGCUCAAUGGCAUCUGUUAGAAAAUUUGCAUCAGAGUUCAGUUCAUCUGGUUUUCCAUUGAACAUCUUGAUAAACAACGCAGGGAUAACUGCAACCCCAUUCUCACUGUCCAAAGACAACAUCGAACUACAAUUUGCCACAAAUCACUUGGGUCAUUUUCUCUUAACACAUCUUUUAUUGGAUACUAUGAAGAAAACUGCAAGUGUAAGCAAGAAAGAAGGAAGAAUUGUAAAUGUUUCCUCUGAUGGUCACCAAUAUACAUAUCCUGAAGGAAUCCGUUUGGAUAAAAUUAAUGAUGAAUCAAG